GAGGAACAGAACCUGCAGUACUCCACACUACUCUGUGGACUGCUCAACAAACACCUUGGAAUUCCCCCCCUGUACAGAACCAACACACUCACUCUACAGAAGUCAGCCUCUCGCUCGCGCUCUCUUUCUCACACGCACACACACGGACCCAAGCUGAUCCAUCUCUCCGUUUCAGGAUCUACAUGAACUUCUUUGAAAUUGUGGUGCAAAACCUGGCCUGGGACAACACAAUGUUCAAAGUUUUCAUUGAGGCUUAUCAUGCCAAGAAAUGAAAGAAGAACUGAAGACGUCUGAUCAAUGAAUGUUGCAAUAAAUAGUAGAACCUCUAUCUGAAGCCACGGAAGAACUGUCCAAGGCUAUGGAAGUACCAGCUAAGGCGUACUGGUGUAAUCUGGAAGCUACGUGCCAGUUUCCCAGCUUGUUGAACUCACUGGGAGGCAAGGCAACUGUAACGUUUGGAAGGGAAGUGGGGUUUAUUUUCCAGUGUUGAGCUGAUGCUGUUGCAGCUAUGUCAGAAGCUAUCCUCACCUUCCAGUACCAACUCAGUGGCGUUAUGGAAACAGUCCUCAAAACCGCCAUGCAUGAGAUCACUCGGCUGGUGAAGGAAGGCUUCCUGGAGGAAGUGACACGGAGCAAGCAGGAAGCGGACAUCUUGAGGAUGAAGCUGCAGCAGUGGGAGCAGAAAUGGAGGGACAGAGAGGAGGAGAGGAAGAGGGAAGAUGAAGAGACAGAGCAGAGAAAGAAGAGGGAAGCGAGAGAGCAGAUGGGCAUGUGUGUGAGUUGCAGUUGUACUGAAGACACUGAGAAAGGGGAGGCUCUGUCAGGAGCAGAGGAAGGUUGUGUUAUCAAACAGGAGGAGAUGUUCCAGUCAGAGGGACCCAACACUCUCCCAGAGAGAGAGGGUCCACAGGAAACGGACAUGUCCAGCACUUCCCGUGUCUCUGAAAGGAUGGAAGAGAGGGAAGCCCAUGUGGUCCACAUCAAACAGGAGCCCAAUGACUGGGGGGAUCUAGUAUCCCAGAUGGUCACAUCCACAGAUACUACCAUAAUGAGCCUGAGUCGUCUGCAGAGAUUGAGUGCCCAUGCUGGGGCAUGGACCAGUGAGCCUCAGCCUCAACUUCCAGCACCAUGGACCAGAGAGCCUCUACCUCCAGCACCAUGGGCCAGGGAGCCACCACCGCUACCUCCAGAACCAACACCAUGGACCAGGGAGAAGCAGCACGUACUCCCAGGGUCAGGUAUACCCACCCAGGCAACAGAGUGUGCUGUGGGAGCCCUGGAGUCCAGUCCCUAUGGUCUCAGCAACAACACAACGGCACAGCUGGGGGUCAAACCCUACAGCUGCCCACACUGUGAAAAGAGCUUCCCUCAGCUACGAAACCUGAAAGACCACCAGAAGUACCACCACACAGGGAAAAAGGCCUUCACCUGCUCCCAGUGUGGUAAGGGCUUUGUGUACAUGUGCCACCUCAGGGUACACAUGCAGUGCCACACAGGGGAAAGGCCGUUCAGCUGCUCUCAGUGCGGUAAGAGCUUUGUCUACCUGUGCAACCUGAAGUCCCACCAGCAGUAUCACACAGGAGAGAAACCGUACAGCUGCUCUCAAUGUGGGAAGAGCUUCAGCCUUCAGAGUGGCUUGAAGAAACACAGGGUCAUUCACUCAACAGAGAGGCCUUACCACUGCACGAACUGUGGGAAUAGAUUCUAUUCUAGAGCAGACCUGAAAAGACAUGAACAGAUUCAUGCAGCAAGGUAGAACUUUGAGAUGAAGCUGGUUGAUUUAGAAAAUCUGAGUGAAGAAAAUAACAGCACACGUGUACUAUGUUCAAUGUAUUUGUAGCUACUGAUGCAUUUCAUGUUGAGAAGAAUAAAACCCUUAAUGAAGAAA